UUGUCUCAAGCUCUGCGGCUUGUGUUUGCCUCGGAGGUGCUGGUGUUUGCCGAGUACGCUGAGUUUGCGUGCUCGGUACUUUACGGUUUGUACACAGCAGCGCUGUAUCACCUCCCGUACGCUCGGUACAAUUUAUUUUUCAUCGGACUAUCGCAGCAUCAGUUCCGAGCCUCAAUCGCCAAUUCAUUCGCGUACGCAGCCUUUGAGGGUGUAUCGAUGGUGCUUUUCUUCCUGCUGGUUCGAUCAAAGUACGGUCUCUCAACUUUUCAUCAGUUGGCGUUUGUACUGGAAAAAUACUGGAUGACUGUGCAAGGGAAGAUGGUGGGUAGUCUUUCGCUCAUCUUUAAUCUGAGCACCGUUCAC